AUGUUUCUACUGGGUGGAGUUCUUUCUCAGAGAAGAACGGACAGUCCCGAUUGCGCCCUCAAUAAUGAGAAAACAGUGGAAGAUUGCUGCAAAAUGCCCUACUUAGUCAAAGCGGAGUUGCAUGAAUAUUGUCGAACUGCGAAUCCCGGUAAUCCGAAUGUCGUCAAAACUGAUGGUUGCUGCGUUGCUCGCUGCAUCCUAACGACCACAGAGGUAUUCAAAAACAAUACAAUCGAUUCGGAAUUCGCCAGAGUGUUCUUCAAUGUAACUGUGGGAUCGGAUUCGCAAUUCAGUGGUCCUCUGAUAGACGCCAUCAUCGAGGAUUGCGCCGAACAGAUUAACGCGGACGACGAGCUUGAAGUGCCACCGCUUUCUGCGUCAACUGGAGUCGAGGGAUGUAGUAUGAGGCCGGAGCUGUUUUUCAACUGCGUUGCUUUGCAGAUGUUCCAGCAGUGUCCCAGCUCUGUUUGGACCGAUGAUCCGGGGUGUGAUGCGCUGAUGGUGAAAGCAAAAUCCGGGGCGUGUUUUUACGAAUCCUUGGCCGGUUGA